CUAUAGUCUCUCACUUUUUUCUGGUUCUGCAAAACCAGCCAUUGAUUAUGGGAGGUCUCACUAACCUCCUCCUCCAAUAUCAUUUCUGGUUCUUCUUCAUCACUUUCCUCUCUUGCUUCCCUGCAAUUUCAUUCUCUUCAUCAGAUACCUUGAGCUCAACCCAAUCUCUCAAAACCAACGAGACGCUUCUGUCAUCCAAACAGGCUUUCGUUCUGGGUUUCUUCUCUUCAGAUGAUUCAAAAUACUACCUGGGAAUAUGGUACAAGAACAUUCCAGAUCGUACACUGGUUUGGGUCGCAAAUAGAGACAACCCACUUGAGGAUUCUAAUGGGAUUCUCAAGAUCGGAGGAGAAACAGGAAACAAUAUGCAGAUUGUGGAUCGAACCGGGAAACCCAUAUGGUCAUCGAACCAAACCGCAGCGAAAAACCCGGUUCUUCAGAUUCUCGAUUCCGGGAAUCUGAUUAUCAGAGAAGCCAACGAUUCGAAUUCUCUCUGGCAGAGCUUCGAUUACCCCACAGACACGCUCUUACCAGGCAUGAAGCUUCUGUAUAACUUCGACACAAAAAUGGAGAAGCAUAUAACAUCAUGGACUUCAAGUGAAGAUCCAUCCACAGGUCUUAUCUCCUUCAAGCUCGAUUUCCAUGGCCUCCCAGAGAUUUUCCUGUGGAACAACCAGACAAAACUGUACAGAAGUGGACCUUGGAAUGGGGUAAGAUUCAGUGGGGUUCCAGAAAUGAAAUCUGACACAGACACAAUCAAGUUCGACUUCUACGAGGAUGAACACCAAUUAUACUACACAUUCACCAUCGGAAACGAAUCGUUAUUUUCAAGACUCAUCGUAACACCUGAUGGUCAGCUUCAACGAUUAACCUGGGUACCAGAUAACCAAGUUUGGACCAAAUUCUGGUAUGCUCCGAAAGACCAAUGCGAUGACUACAAAGAAUGUGGUCCCUAUGGGUUAUGUGACACGAAUGCUUCACCAGUUUGUACAUGUAUGAAAGGGUUCAGUCCUAAGAACAAACAAGCAUGGAAUCUGAGAGAUGGGUCUGAUGGGUGUGUGAGGAACACAGAAUUAGAUUGUGGGACCGAUAAGUUCUUGAAGGUACAGAACGUGAAGUUGCCUGAAACAACCUCGGUGUUCGUGAACAGAAGCAUGAACCUCGUAGAUUGUGGAGGUUUGUGUCAGCAGAAUUGUUCGUGCACUGCUUAUGCGAACAUAGAGAUCACCAAUGGAGGAACUGGGUGCGUUAUGUGGACUGAUGAACUCAUAGAUAUGAGGGUUUAUACUGAUGGCGGCCAAGAUCUGUAUGUCAGAUUAGCAGCUUCUGAUGUAGGUAUGUUUCCAAUAAAUCCUUUGUUUUGAUUGAUUUUAUGUUCU